AUCCUGGAGGAGAUCCAGGAGGAGAUCCUGGAGGAGAUCCCAGAGCUGAGGAGAUCCCGGAGCUGAGGAGAUCCCGGACCGAGUGGAUCCCGUGCCAGGAUGGCAGAAGAGCAGAUCCGGAAGCCUCUGGAGUUCCACAUCUCCAACAACACCCAGGUCACCCUGAAGUACCACAGGACCGCGGAGGACCUGAGCUGCUCCCACCUCCUCCCGGAGCUCCUGGGCGGUUCCUCGGACUCCUACCACGUCUUCAGCACCUCCAACGCGCUGGGCCGGGGCUGGUUGGUCAUCUACGAGGCCUCCUCCUUCACCUUGGCCGUCUUCUUCUUCCUCCGCUCCCACCCGGAGCUCCUGCCCACGACGCUGCACCUGGAGCUCUCCACGGCCAAGGUCCACCUGGGCGACUUCCGGGAGACCUUCGACCGCCUGACGCUGCAGCAGGAGCCGCCCGACCCCGCGGCCACCGCGGUGGCCCGCGCCCAAUCCUCCGGCCGCGGCGACGCCUACGUCCGGCUGGGCGCCGGCGCCUACGGCGUCCUGGCCACCGCCGCGUCCCGCCGCGCCCGGCCGCUCCUCAGGGUGGAGGUGGAGGAGAGGCACUUCGUGUUUCCUCCUCUGGGAAGCGCUGGGCCACCGCCGGCACCUCCAGAAUCCUGCGGGUACUGCCAGAAGGCCAGAAAGUCCUCUGGAACCUCAAGAGCUCCUCUGGAAGCUUCUAGGAACGUGUAGGAACCUCCAGGACCUCUCAAGAACCUGCAGAAGGCCAAAAGCACCUCUGGAACCUCAAGAGCUCCUCUGGAAGCAUCUAGGAACGUGUAGGAACCUCCAGGAGCCCUCAAGAACCUCCAGAAGCCCAAAAGCACCUCUGGAACCUCAAGAGCUCCUCUGGAAGCUUCUAGGAACGUGUAGGAACCUCCAGAACCUCUCAAGAACCUCCAGAAGCUCUCAAGAACCUCCAGAAGCCCAAAAGCUCCUCUGGAACUUCAAAAGCUCCUCUGGAAGCUUCUAGGAACGUGUAGGAACCUCCAGGAGCCCUCAAGAACCUGCAGAAGCUCUCAAGAACCUCCAGAAGCCCAAAAGCUCCUCUGGAACCUCAAAAGCUCCUCUGGAAGCUUCUAGGAAUGUGUAGGAACCUCCAGGACCUCUCAAGAACCUGCAGAAGCUCUCAAGAACCUCCAGAAGCCCAAAAGAACCUCUGGAACCUCAAAAGUUCCUCUGGAAGCUUCUAGGAACGUGUAGGAACCUCCAGAACCUCUCAAGAACCUGCAGAAGCUCUCAAGAACCUCCAGAAGCCCAAAAGCUCCUCUGGAACCUCAAGAGCUCCUCUGGAAGCUUCUAGGAACGUGUAGGAACCUCCAGGACCCCUCAAGAACCUCCAGAAGCCCAAAAGAACCUCUGGAACCUCAAAAGUUUCUCUGGAAGCUUCUAGGAAUGUGUAGGAACCUCCAGGACCCCUCAAGAACCUCCAGAAGGCCAAAAGCUCCUCUAGAACCUCAAGAGCUCCUCUGGAAGCUUCUAGGAACGUGUAGGAACCUCCAGGACCUCUCAAGAACCUCCAGAAGCCCAAAAGAACCUCUGGAACCUCAAAAGUUCCUCUGGAAGCUUCUAGGAACGUGUAGGAGCCUCCAGGACCUCACAAGAACCUCCAGAAGCCCUCAAGAAUCUCCAGAACCCCACGAGAACCUCCAGAACCCCUAAAGCACCUCUGGAACCUCAAAAGCUCCUCUGGAACUUUCUAGGAACCUGUAGGAACUUCUAGAACCCUGUAGGAACAUCUAGAAUCUUGUAGGAACCUCGAGAAACCCACAGGAACCUCCAGAACCCCUCCAGAACCCCAAAAGCUUCUCCAGAACCCCAAAAGCUCCUUCAGGAGCCCCAAAAGCUCCUCCAGAAACCUCAAAGCUCCUCCAGAACCCCAAAAGCUCCUUCAGGAGCCCCAAAAGCUCCUCCAGAACCCCAAAAGCUCCUCCAGAACCCCCAAAUCUCCUCCAGGACCCCCAAAUCUCCUCCAGAACCCCAAAAUCUCCUCCAGAACCCCAAAAACUUCUCCAGAACCCCAAAAGCUCCUCCAGAACCCCAAAAACUUCUCCAGAAUCCCAAAAGUUCCUCCAGAACCUCCAGGAGAACCUCGUGGGCUCCAGGAGAACCUCGGGGGAGCCCCCAGGAACCUCCUGGACCCUCCCGGGCUCGGGAGGUCCCGGUCCCGCCCAGGUCGGGGCCCCGGCCCGAAACCUCCGUCCCCGCUUCCCAUUGGCUCAAUAAAAAUACGGACAUUUGGGAGGA